GGAGAUUUGGUUAGUCAUUUCUCGACCAGGAGUUACUUGGAUGUCAGCAAUUUCUAUCGAUGUUGUCUCACGGCGAUCGAUAUUCUGGAACGCGAUUCUUACACGCAAGGCUUUGCUUUGGUCGAAGAUUCGCUUUGGCUUGUCGAGCGCUUGCUGGAAGUAGAAGAUCCGAAGCUCAUAGAUACCAUCUGUGACGUAUCUGUACUUCUGUUAACGAAAGGCUGGGGUCAGGUGUAUGAGAUUCUUAUGGAAAUAAUCUGCUGCAUGGUUCAAAUUCAAGCUAUGAAGAAAGACGAGACACAACAUCCAUGGGUCCAACUGUUUGUUUGGUUACAGAGACUACCCACGAUCCACGCGCUGGAAAUCUUACGACAAGGCUGGAGAUGUGGACUUGAGCAACUCGAAUCUGCGAAUCCUGGACAAUCGUGGGAGUGGCUCAACAUGAACUGCUCCUCUGACUAUCCAUUGCGCAUGGGUAGACAUGUUGCAGAACUUCAUCAGGAUGUACUCGCCGCUUGGUUCGAUGUUUCAGAGCCUUGCUCAUUGAGCAGUAUGCGACAACAGCUCGCAUGUGGGGAAGUUUUGUUUUACGAUAGAGAAUAUCGCGAAGCUUUGGGUGCCAUGGAUUCGAUCAUUUCGAGAUGCAUCCAAGCAAGAGAGCAGGGUGAGAAGAGGUGGAUGACACUGGAGAUCGAGGCACUCGAGAUAGCGGCAAAAUGUCAUUCUGCUCUGACGAGAUUGGGGCGGACCCGUGGAGACAUUCGUACUGCUAUCACACUACUCCAAACUGCGACCGAACAAAGCGAACUCGUGUGGGGUGCUUCGUCUGCCACAACUAUAGCCCUCAAGCACAACUUAUGGCUGUUACUGUUGGAGCAAGGCCGACAUGCUGAAGCCGAAUCUUUACGGAGUAACAUCGACGCUGUCGUGAAGGAGAGCACAAGUCUCCAGCAUCGGGCGCCGGAAGAGGAGAGACAUUCAUCACAAAGCUAGUAUGAAUGAGCUGUCAGAAAUGCAAGACUACAAUGAUACAAUCACUACGACAUGAUCGGUUUUGUCUAUACUUAUGUCUACACUCUGCGCCGAGGCCUCGCCUCACAUACCAAGGGCGUGCCAUUGACCAGGCAGGACGU